GAGGGAGAGCGCGGCGGCUGCGCAGUUGGAGCGAGGGAGCGGCGAUGGAGGAGCGGAGGGAGCGGCCCGCGGGUUCGCUCAACCCCACCGUGCGGCUGUUCGGUUGCGUGCUGGAAGGGUCAAAGAAAGAGUACAAGUUCAAGGUGCAAGAUGAUCCGACGGCACAUCAACUUGUUCUGAGGACGGUGUGUGUGGGGCCUCAAACAAAGGAUGAGCUGCACGUCAUUGAGCUGGAGGCCAUGAGCGCAAAUGGGAAAUUGAUCAAAAUGCCCUUGACGUCUCUGAAACCGUCUGUUCUAACUACAAUGGGUCUGGGUGGAUUUGAGGUGUCUCCCCCAGUCCGUUUCCGCCUGAAGAGUGGUUCUGGUCCUGUUUACAUCAGUGGCGAGCACAUCAUUGGUGUGCCUGAAUCGGAUUCUGAAUCUGAAGAUGAUCACGUGAAAGUCCCUGCCAAGAAGGAACCAGUUAAGCGCGAGUCAGCUUCCACCGCAGUGCAACCUGCAAAGAAAAAUGCAAAGUUAGAAAAGUCGACGAAAGCUAAAAGCGAUGAAGGCGAUGACGCAGAUGAUGAAGAGGAUGAUGAUGAAGAUGAGGACGAGGAGGACGAUGAGGAGGAUGAUGAAGAGGAGGAAGAGGAUGAUGAUGAGGAUGAAGAGGAUGAGAUUCCAAAGACUGUUCCAAAAAAACCAGUCAAUGCUCCAGGAAAAAUCAAAAAGGUAGAAGACAAUUCAAAACCAGCGAAAACUUCCAAGACUGCGAUCACUGUAGAUGACAUUAAAACCAAAAUAAAGACCAUGGUUGAAAAGGGGCAGCACUUACCGAAGACCAUACAGAAGUUCCAGAACUUUAUAAAAAGUUCAUUCCGACUUGAAGAGCAGAAAGUAAUUGAGGAGCUGUGGGCCUGGGGCCAGACGCUGAAGCAGGCCAAGUGAGGGGUGCCUGAAAUCACCUGCUCGUUUCUCUCGAAGAUCGCCUACUGUUUCACAGCAAUCGAUGGAGGUUCUUCAUCUUAUUUUGUCAACAGGAUAUCUGCUAACCACAUUUAGUUUUGAGCUGUUCUUAUGUUAGGCCAUUCUACAACAUUACCAGAGAGAGCCCAAAGGCAACUUAAAGUGGAAGCCAGGAAUGCUGGAAACAGCAGGUGUUUCGGCAUCUUAACAAAUGUUAGGUUAAUAUUCCUGACCUAUUAAUUUGGUUGAGAAGUUAUCUUCACCCAAACAUUAAACCUUCUUUAGAUGCUGGUAGACCUACUGUGUAUUUUCAGCACUGUUUAUGUUUCUUCGUAAUUUCAUUUUAUGUAGUUCAGCGGCCAAUAAACUCCAUGCACCACGAGCAUGCAAAAUAAUUUGACUUUGCGUUCUUCAACUGCUCAGAAUGUCCUUAAGAGGAUCCCCAAUUUGAUAAUCAUCAGAACCGCACUGUAUCUCAUGAGGCAACUGGGACUCCCUGGUGUAGUGCAGGAGGUAGCUCCUGGUCUGUGGCCGGUCAAUAUCUGAUCUCUGAACACCGGGGGUGAAGGGAAAGAGGAAGAUUGGUCAGAGUUUCUGCUCUUGACUGGCUACCCCUGUGAACCGUUGGAGUUGGUCUUUAAAUGCAACACCCCAAGCGCUGGAGGAACUCAGCGGGUCUGGCAGCAUCUACGGAGGGAGGUAGACAGUUGACGUUCCGCAUUGAGAACCUUCAUCUAGACUGAAAGAAAGAGGCGAUAGCCACUCUUCGUGGAGGGAAAGGGUGAAGCCAGAGCUGGCAGGUGAUAGGAGCACCUGGAUCCACCCAUCACCUGCCAGCUCCUGCCCCACCCCUUCCCUCCACCUUUUCAUACUGACCAUCUCCCUCAUUUAGUCCAGAUGAAGGGUCUCGACCCAGAACAUCGACUGUCCAUUUCCCUCCACAGAUGCUGCCUGACCCGCUGAAUUCUUCCAGUGCUUUGUGUGUUGCUCUAUAUUCCAACUUCUGCAGUCUCUUGUGUCUCUAUGGUUAGUUUUAGACAAAUCGCUGCAGUUUUGUUUUCCAAAGUUUAACUUAAUGUUACAUAGAACAUAGCACAAUACAGGCCCUUCGGCCCACAAUGCUGUGCUGAUCUUUAAACCUCGCCUAAGACUAUCUGACCUCUUCCUCCCACAUAUCCCUCUAUUUUAAAUUCCUCUAUAUGCUUAUCUAACAAUCUCUUGAAUUUGACCAAUGUACCUGCCUGCACCACCACCCCAGGCAGCGCAUUCCAUGCCCCAACCACUCUCUGGGUAAAAAGCCUUCCUCUGAUAUCUCCCUUGAACUUCCCACCCAUUACUUUAAAGCCAUGCCCUCUUGUAUUGAGCAUUGGUGCCCUGGGAAAGAGGCGCUGGCUGUCCACUCUAUCUAUUCUUCUCAAUAUUUUGUACACCUCUAUCAUGUCUCCUCUCAUCCUCCUUCUCUCCAAAGGGUAAAGCCCGAGCUCCCUUAGUCUCUCCUCAUAAUCCAUACUCUCUAAACCAGGCAGCAACACUUUAAUGUUGAAUCUUCUGUGGUGAUACCUUCUUCUGAGGUGGCUGCCUGGGAUCUUUUUAAAGAGUCUGAUAACAGCAGGAGGCAAUGGAACAUGUUUCCCUGAACCCUGUCUUUGCAGAGGUUGUCAGUGCCACCAUGUAAACACAAGCCUUCCUGUCUGCCUUCCCCACCUGCCUGUGCCACGUGGCAGCUGAGCGAGGGCAGGUUCAGGUCUGUGUGUGGAAUACCCUGCCAAUGCUCACCAGUCGGCCUGUGAAGAAAUGGUCAUCUGGUCACGUCAGGGAGAGAGCCCAUGCUCUGUGGUGCAGGCAGUGGAACAGGCUGGUUCUGCUCCCAAUCCAAGAGCUAUCAUUCCUGCUCUCUGGAAAUUUGCCUCCACAGUUGGACGGCGCCAGUUUAAGUUACCUCCAUUUCUCGUUCAUGGUAAAGGACUGCUGUUACCCUGUCUCUGGGAACCUCUGCUAACAAAAGAAAAUAGGAGCAGGAGUAAACCACUCGGCCCCUCAAGCUGCACCACCAAUAAAUAUGAUCAUGGCUGAUCUGUCCCAGGCCUCAUCUCUUCUCUGCCAGUUCCCCAUAACCCUCAAUUUCCAAAACGUAUCUACUUCCUCUUUAAAGAUCUCCAAUGAUCCAGCCUCCACAGCCCUCCCAGAUUCACAAGCCUUUGCAAGAAGUUGCUACACAAAUGAAGCAUGACUGCCCUUCCUUCCCCUUCAACUCUUCAAGCCGAGCAGUUUUGGCCACGGGUGGAUGGUGGCCAGACGCAGGAACCUGCUCCCUGACUCAGGGGAGAGAGGAUGACAGGAACAAUCCUUGCCCUCACCCAGCUGAGGUCGGCUAGCUCAGCACAGGCUUGGGAAUCGAUCAUCGAUCCUUAUUCCAGUCUGGUGUUUAUACCCCACAACACAUUCCCAACAAAGCAUUCCUUGGAUUCACUCGGAAAUGGUUAUUUUUCGCAGUUUAGUCCGGGCAUGAGGAAAAUGUUGAGGAUAACUUUUAAUACUUCAGAGACCAUGUGUGGUACCUUAAUGCCAACACAAAGGCCAAAUAAUUACUGAGACACAAGAGAUUCUGCAGACGCUGGAAUCUGGAGCAACACACACAAGAUGCUGGAGGAGCUCGGCAGGUCAGGCAGCAUCUGUGAAGGGAAAUAUAAACAGUCGACGUUUUGGGUCGAGACCCUUCAUCAGGACUGGAAAGGAAGAGGACAGAAGCCAGAAUAAAAAGGGUGGGGGAGAGGGGCAGAAGCACGAGCUGGCAGGUGGUAGGCGAGUGCAGGUGAGAGGGGGAAGGUGGGGGAGGAGGGACAAAAGGAUGUGAGAAGCUGGGUGGUGAUUGUCUCUGCCGCCAUCUUGUACCAUGUGGCUUCCAGCUCCCCCGCCCACUGUAUAUAUGAAUAUGGGGAAAUCUGGAGAAUGGUUCUGUCAAAUGCUGGCAGUCCCACUGAGUAUUUACAAUUUUCUCAGUAUAAUCCGGCACCAGACUAAGUGAGCAUGCAGGCUUUGUGAAAGAGCUAUCCAAAUUUCUGCUGCCAGUUGCCUUGCUCUUUCCUCAAAGCGCCCAUGAGAAGAGCUGAUUGGAAUACCAAUCUCUCUGCAUUAGUUGUUACACUUCUUCCUCUUCCCCUCAAAGCACAGUGCCUGCCUUUUUUAAGUGAGGUCAGACUUUUGCACGCACAUUAUGUCGACUGCUAUUUUGCUUUCGCACAUGCUGGAAGCUUGCCUUCCAUCGAGUUGCAUUUGGCAAUUUUCACUGUGGAGCAAAUCUCCAGAUUCUUUGUCAGUCAUGGCUGGGGAACGGUGGCAUUGAGACUAUAUUUGUGUGAUGGUAAUCUGGAACAGCCAAAAAAACAAAAUGCUGGAGGAACUCAGCGGGUCAGGCGGCAUCUGUGGAGGGAACUGGGCAGUCUACAUUUCAGGUCGAGACCCUUCAUCUGGACUGACCCGAAACGUCGACUGUCCGUUUCCCUCCACAGAUGCCGCCUGACCCGCUGAGUUCCUCCAGCAAUUUGUUUUUUAAUUGCUCCAGGUUCCAGCAUCUGCAGCUUCUUGUGUCUCCACCCCAGACAAAUGAUUCAGAGACGUGAAUUCAGACCUUGCCCUGUUUUUGCAGUUUGUACAUGUAUCUCCUUCAUUGGAAUGAUCAAGUCAGGAAUGUUCCUCAAAUUUGGAAUGUUAGGGAGCUCAAGAAAUAGGAGCAGGAGGAGGCCAUUCAGCCCCUCGGGUCUGCUAUUCCAUUCAGUCCCAUGGCUGUUCUGAUGUUGGCCUCAAGCCUAUAUUGCUGCCUGUUUCCCAAUUACUCUCAAGCCCCCACUGUAGAUAAUAAUCCGUCCAUCUCAGCCUUGAAUAUAUUCAGUACCUCAUCCUCCACAGCUCUUUGGCGUAGAGAAGUACAAAAUUCCACGACCCUCAAAGUAGAAAUUUCUUCUCAUCACUGUUUAAAAUGGAUGGCAUCUUAUUCUGAAACUGACUCUACAUCCUCCCAUGAGACAAAACAUCCUCACAGCAUUUAUCUUGUUGAGACAAAUCUCAAUAAGACCGAUGUAAUCUCACUAAAGUCCUGUACAGUUGCAGCAAGAGUUUUGUACUCUGUCCCUCAUGCAUUAAAGGCCAGAGUUUAUCCACUUACAGAGUACAACAGCGAUGGUGUUAAUAUGCUACUCUUGUUCACACUGUGUCCAUUAAUCUUUGAAGACCCACCCUUUAGUUGAGGUGAUUUUGUACCUGAUAAAUGCUCAAGGGAAUGCUAAUUCACCAUUCAAUUCUCCAAUCGCAUUUUGUACUGAAACAUACCUAAAUUUUAAGUGAAUGGAGACCCAGCAAUGGCUCUUGGGACAGAACAGAAUGUGGUUUUCAGAUAUUGUUGGGUAUUAGCUGUGUAAAUGUUUUACCCUUUUGCACUGUUCCAUAUAUGAUUGUAAGGAAUUGGAUGGGCAUAACAGGUCUCAUUCUUGUACUUGGUUUUCUGAAUAAAGAAUGACUGGUUGUCUAUA